UUCUCAAGUUGUUGUUCUCAAAAAAAAAAAACAAAAAAAACAGUUGUUGUUCUCACUUCUCAGGAGGACCCAAAGACAAAAUAAAGGAAAGGAAGGGGGCAAAGAAGAAGAAAGGGACAGGUUGGGUCAAAAAUAAACUUGUCAGUUUAAACUCUUCAUUAUCCUGUCAUUAAUGAAUCGUUGGUCAGAGGAGAUCGAGGAACUGCGGCGACAAAUGAAAAGACUUAUUAUGGAUCUGCAGCUACAAGUACAAGUACAGGUGAGGGUUAUAAGGAAUAGUAAUAUUAUUGUGUUGCUUUGGUUUUUAGCAGCGUUCUUCGAAGCUCAUAGCCAGGACACACCAGCCGAUACUUUUGCGUUCGGUGAUCCAUUUAACAGCUCCUACUACACCACCUUCGCGGUGGUAUCGCCGGCCACAAUCAGCAAUGAUGCCCUUCAACUGACUCCAGAUUCAGCCGGUAAUUUCACCCUCACAAAGAGGUCAGGCCGAGUGUUGUUCAACCAUUCGUUCAAGCUUUGGGACGAUCUUGCUGGAGGUGGAGGUGGAGUCAAGGUGGCAUCUUUCAACUCUUCCUUUCUCCUCAACACUUAUCGCAUUAGCUACUCCACCGCAGGAGAGGGUCUUGCUUUUAUCAUCGCCCCGGACUUGGAUCUCCCAACGGGUAGUGACGGUCAAUACCUGGGUUUGACCAACUCCACCACUGAUAGCAACUCCACCAACCGUCUCAUCGCCAUCGAGUUGGACACAUUCAAGCAGGAUUUCGACCCGGACAACAACCAUGUGGGUCUCGACAUCAAUAGCGUUAGAUCUAAUAAAACCGUGUCUUUGACCCCAUUGGGCAUCCAGCUGGCCGUGGCCCCUCAUGAGAUAAGAUUUUACAUGGUGUGGAUCCAGUACGACGGGGAAAACAAGUCUCUGUCGGUGUUCUUGGCAGAGCAAAUGCAAGAUAAUCAAGGGAAUCCCUCACAGUACACUGUAGACAAGCCCAACAAGCCUGUGCUCACUGCGGAUCUUGACCUUGGAAGCUUUGUCAACAAGAACUCCUACUUCGGAUUCGCCGCCUCCACGGGACCGAUCCACAUCCAGCUCACCAGCGUGCUCAGGUGGAAUCUGACCGUGGAGAAGCUUCCGGGCGCUGAUGAAGAAUCAUCAGGUGGUCACGAGGGGCUUAAGAUUGGUUUGGGGGUUGGAGUGCCUUGCUUGGUUUUGGUGCUGAUGGGGAUUGCUGGUUUGGGGUAUUAUGUGCACAAAAAGCGUGUUGCAGCAGCUGCUUCAGGUCCCAAUAUAUUGGGUGCGCUUAAAAGCCUCCCAGGAACGCCUAGAGAGUUCAGCUUUAAGGAACUCAAGAGUGCUACCAACAACUUCGACGAGAAGCAUAGAUUGGGUCAAGGUGGUUUCGGUGUGGUCUAUAAAGGUGUGAUUCCUAUGGAGAAUCUGCAAGUCGCCGUCAAGAGGUUCUCCAGGGAAAACCUCAAGGGUAAAGAUGAUUUCUUGGCUGAGCUUACCAUUAUCAAUCGCCUUCGUCACAAACAUCUCGUCCGAUUACUCGGAUGGUGCCACAAGAAUGGAGUACUGCUUUUGGUGUAUGAGUACAUGCCUAAUGGCAGCUUGGACAAUCACUUAUUUUGUGGGCCAGAAAGCAAUACAACCCUGGAGUGGGAGCUGAGAUACAAGAUCAUAUCAGGAGUGGCAUCAGCGCUGCAUUACCUCCAUAACGAGUACGACCAGAGAGUGGUGCACCGGGACCUUAAGGCCAGCAACAUCAUGUUGGAUUCCCACUUCAAUGCUCGUCUGGGCGACUUUGGGCUAGCACGAGUGUUAGACAAUGAGAAAAACUCUUACGCGGAGCUGGAGGGUGUGCCAGGGACCGUGGGCUACAUAGCUCCCGAGUGCUUCCAUACUGGCAAAGCCACCUGCGAGUCCGAUGUUUAUGGUUUUGGGGCAGUGUUGCUGGAAGUGGUAUGUGGUCAGCGUCCAUGGACCAAGAUUGCAGGCUUCCAGUUCCUGGUGGAUUGGGUUUGGUGGUUGCAUCGCGAGGGACGAAUAUUGGACGCUGUGGAUGAGAGGCUGCAAGGAGAUGAAUACGUGGUUGAGGAGGCACAGAGACUUUUGCUUCUUGGCCUUGCAUGCUCACAUCCGAUUGCUGGGGAGAGGCCCAAAACGCAGACCAUUAUUCAGAUUAUAUCAGGGGCAGUGGCGGUUCCCCACGUGCCACCAUUCAAGCCCGCUUUUGUUUGGCCUUCCACAAUGCCAGAUAGCAGCAAUAGUAACAGCACGAAGGCUACUGUUACAACAGUUGAUUCCACCCCCAUUUCCAUGUCAUCUUGUCGUUUUGGGUCAGGUUCGGAACCAGCUGGUUGGACACCUCACUAUGCAAGCAGGGAAAGCUAUGGAGGUGCAGGUGGAGGUUACAGUGAUAUAUAGCUGGCUCUCUCUUGUAGGGACGGAUUACUACAGUACUAUUGAUCGAUGCACCAUUAAUUUCCCGUUUGAUAUUUCCUCUUCUACUUCUUUUCUGUUUUAGUUUCCUUCUUCUUUUUGAAGAAACAAAUUUCUAAAUUCUAAACAACAUUCUUCAAUUAAAUUUGGGUUGGGAACGGGUAGGCUCAAGCUCCAAGCCGUAUUAAACAAACGGUUUUUUUUGGCUUUAAACUAUCAAAUGUGUGUAAAAACUUAAUUACCAAGGAAAUUAUAUAUAGAGAUCUCAUGAUUUUACUUCUGUA